AAACUUUCAUUUUUCGUUUUGCUUGCUGCUGUCAGUCAUAGAGAAAAGCAAUAAACUGACUGUCAGUUUUUAUGUCUUAGAGAGUAGUGAUCGUUUGAACAUGGAUAUUUUCGAUAAUUUAUAUUAUUAAUUAUGGCUUCGUCUAUGCAAAAUAACAGAGUGUCGCCUUCGGGUUAUUGUGUAUGUUGUAGAGUGUGCAAUAUGUGGUGUUGGAGAGCUUUUAAGUGGCUCCCAGUGUUGUUGAUAGUUUCGAUCGUAACUUGGUCCUACUAUGCCUACGUUAUUCAAUUGUGCAUUUUCACAAUCGAAACGACAGUACAACAGUGUCUUUACUUGGUGUUUUAUCAUAUUUUAUUGAUCAUGUUCGCUUGGUCUUAUUGGAAAACAAUAUUUGCAGAUAUAAAACCAAUUCCUGACAAGUAUAAAUUGCCUGAAUCAGAAUUGGAGAAAUUAUUGAGUGCAGAAUCGGAAGAUGGACAACGGGCCAUUCUUGAAAACUUUGCAAAAGAUCUUCCAAUAGUAACAAGAACAAUGUCCGGCUCAGUCCGGUAUUGCAACCGUUGCGUACUAGUGAAGCCCGAUCGCGCUCACCACUGCAGCAUCUGCUCUCGCUGCGUGCUCAAGAUGGACCACCACUGCCCGUGGGUGAACAACUGUGUGUGCUACCAUAACUAUAAGUUCUUCAUGCUGUUCCUCGGGUACGCAUUGCUGUACUGCCUUUUCAUCAUGUCCACGUGCCUGCCGUACUUCAUUAGAUUUUGGAAGUUUGUCUCACAGGGUGAGUUCGGUGCGGCGGCGGGCGCGGGGCGUUACCACAUCGUGUUCGCUUUCUUCGUCUCGCUCAUGUUCGCUAUCUCGCUCGGCUCGCUGUUCGGCUACCACUGUUACUUGGUGGCGAAUAACAGGACCACUUUAGAAGCGUUCCGGGCGCCCAUGUUCCGAGGUGGGGCAGACAAGAAUGGUUUCUCUAUAGGCGCCUAUAAUAACUUCAAAGAGGUGUUCGGUAAUAGUCCGAACCUCUGGAUGGUACCAGUCUUCACAAGCCUGGGGGACGGGUGCGAAUUCCCAGUGCGGCGUGAACAUCAACUGCAGACCUUCACUACCCCCCACGAAGCCCACGGUUACGAGUCAAUGGGCACAACUCGCUCCAGCGUGGAGGUCGGACACGAGACUGAAAGAUGGAGACUCUGCCCUAGAAAGGGGCGAACCGUCCCACAAAUAGUAUAAGAAUACCGUAUUUAAUAAUAACAGUUCAAUACUAAUCUUAUUUCAUUCACAAAAUAAUAUUACUUAAUUAUAUUUACAAUAAAUUUGUUUAAUUAAACAUGCUUUUUCAUUCAUUGGCAUUCACCUUAUUCAAAUGCGAAGUCAAAAGUUAAGUCAUUCACUUCUUUUUUUAUUAUAGAAUAAUUUUUGCUGUACAAUUAUUUACGGAAUCAGUGUCCUUUUGCAUGCUAAUUUUAUGACGAAUUAUCGUCGGUACUACGGCAGCUUUUAGUCAGAUAGAGACACAGCGUGCUGAGAAAUGUGUUGACGCCUUAUUUUAGUUAGAAUCAUUAGGAUCACGCUUAACGUAGAUUUAAAUAAGAUACGUCCAUUUGCAUUUUCGAUAGGUCAUAGCUUAUACGACUUAUGUCUGUACUUUUAAAACGAAAAGUAUGUAAAUAAGUUUUUAUUAUUAAAAUGUAAUAGAGGUACAGAUAUAUGUAAAAAAAACGCAACAAUGACAACCAUAACACCGGAAUUCGCUUACAUUGACAUGUAACACACGUUGCGCACAAUUUUAUCUAUAAGUCCAUGGAGUCGUAUUUUGUUUGAACUUAUGGAUGUGGAUAGUUUUGGAGACGGCAUCGUGUAUCCGCUACCGCAGAAAGAAGAAGACACAGAGUCUUUACUCAGCUCGGAGCGUUGGGACCGCUGGGGUGAGCGUGCGCGCCCGUUCGACGAACGCGAGAGUUCGUCCUAUGACGAACUAUGAGUGUAAGCUCGGCCACCGGAGCUAUGGUACAGGCUUGUGUCGCCGAACGGACACGAAUGUUCGUCCGAAUGUUCAUAUGUUGUUACUUUAUGAAUUCUUUAAGAACUAUUUGUCAAUAGUUUUUCUAAGUACAGUGGAUUGUUUUUAUCUGGAAUUUUGACGUCUCA